GCUUCUUCAAAGGUUGUAUUAAGUGAAUAGAGUUGGGCGAAGCCGGCUCCGCGGCAUUGCGCGCUCGGCGGUCCCCGAAAGCACACGCGCGCGCCGUUACGCAACGAGCCCGCGUCCCGUCCGCGCCUCGCGUAACUUAUCAACCACGACAUAAUCCAAGCUGCGUUACGAAAUUCAUCAAUCCUUUACGAGACCUUCAGUUAACUUCAAUGCUGUCUGAAACUGUUUUUGAUCGUGACACGGUUAAAUCAAAUAUGUGCACGCGCAUGUCCCAAUGGUGAUUUGUUUUGAUUGUUAGUAGCCAGUUUUGGGAUUGCAAAGAUGUUUGGAAUAAAAGUUUUCUUCACAUUACUGGUGGUGUUACUAUGUAUUGCGGCAAAAUCGGAGAGUUCAGAGACGGGGCAGCGCGUGAAGCGCAUCCGAGCAGACAGCGCGCCGGUGGCUCGCGACCCGGCGCAGGCGCUCGACGCGCCGGAGCCCGACGCGGCCGCACCUGCGCCCGUCGCCUUCCUCAGCCCCUCCGUCAAGGAGUACCUGGAGCUCGGCAUGGCGAUACCCGGUAAACCCGGCACGGACUACCCGGUUCUCGGCGCGGUGCCGUACACCAACUUCUACUGCGAUGACCAGCCAUACCCCGGCUUCUUCGCAGACAUGGAGACUCGUUGCCAAGGUAACUACCAUUCGUUCCUGUGCGGGCGGCAGGCGUCGUUCCUGUGCCCCAACGGCACGGUGUUCUCGCAGGGCGUGGCGUCGUGCGACUGGUGGUUCAACGUGCGCUGCGCGCUGUCGCCGGCGCUCUACCCACUCAACGCGCGCCUCUACCGGAGGAAGUCGCGCAAGCAGGCCCGCCCGGAGCCGCACCGGGUCAUAGACAAGCAGCUGCUUGAUGAGAUCUUUCUGUAAACUAUACUGAAACACGCCCAACUUGUUAGUAGGAAAAGGCCGAAAAUCAAAAAUUUCCACGAAAAAUGAAAAGUGCGAAACGAAGUCCCCAAAACAUUCGUUUUUUACAGCUUGGUAAAAAGGACACUUACCUACUUUUCUCAUACAGAUGUGUCAAAAUAGUUGCCACAUGCAAAGCGGUGGCGCCUCUAUUAUUUUCUACUGUUUUUUGCCAGGCUGUACAUUUGCCACCAUUUUCUAUUGACAGGGUAGGUGUUCCAUGGUAUAGCAGGCAUAUAAGAUUCUUGUGUUUUUGUCGUGUACUUGUUAGAAUGUAAGGGACAGGAUUACAAUCGAUAAAAGUGCGACGAUCUUAAGUGCUUCAGUACUAGAAGCGUAAAAUUAAAAGUGUAACCGAAGAUGAAGCCUGAUCAGAAAUAUACGAGUAUGACUAUUGUCAAGAGGGCGCUGUUAUUCUGAUGUAUGGGGUGACAGCUCAAUAUAGUACGAAGAAAAUAGUCCUAAUGAAAUUCCGCAAUGUGGCACGUAGUCAUUAUGUUUCUGGUCAGCUGGCGUAGCCGAAUGUCAACUACGCCAGACGCCGACAGGAAUGCAGUCUGGCUUUGAUGCACCAAUACGCAAGAGCGAUAGAGAUAGAUAGCUACCAAACAGAUAUUAUCGUGAGCGUUUGUGUAUUUGGCUACGUAUACAGACUCUACCUACUCUGAAGAAGUAAUCCGAUUGAAUAAUUAUUACUACGAGUUUGUUACUAUGAUAUUCGAUAUCGUGUGCGUAACUUAUUUGCGUUUUGCUGUACAAGCAUACAUAUUGGUACGAGAGAGAUAGAAAGUGUUAACGCAGAAGUUAGCGACUAUGUAUAAUUUUCAAUCUUGUGAAGCCUACAAGUUCCACCCGGUGAUAAACUUAGUGGUGAUCAAGGAUGAUUUAUAAAGGAUUGACAAUCUUCAUACUAAGAAUCGUACCUCCAUUUGUUAGCGCCACCUAUUAAAUACUAUCAUAACUACACUGACGAGGCCUAUUACAAAUUUAUUUUUUUCAAAAUGUACGAGUAUAUGGAAGUGAUCUCAUGAUAUUAAAAUAAAAAAAUAUAUUGGUGAAAUCGUAAACUAGAACAUUCCUUUGCUAAUCCGCGAAUAAAUAACGUGCAAGUCAAUCAGUGCUAACCUGUUAUACUUACUUGC